AACAAGAGGGAAUUGUUGAAUAAUAUUUAGCACUAGACUGACCUGAAAAUUCACAUAGCAUAAAAGAAAUUUGAGAGGAUCUCUGGUGUUUUCCCACAGCAAUGCCUCCUUUACAUUUUUGAUUGAUGGCUUGACAAAGAGUAAGAGUCAAGUCGUGAAGCUGGCAACAGUGAUGUUUACAUACACACUUGAAGAAGAGCAACAACAAACAAUAUGAAAAUUGAACCACUUGUGUCUUUCUUCACAGAUUUUUAUUAUUUCCAAUUAUUGUGAUACCUAAAAUAUCCAUGCAUGCGUUUGUAAUGAAUCUGUCAAGGCCUAUCUUUCCCAAACUGAAAAGUUAAAAAUUUUGUUUUAUAGAGGUUAGGGUUCUCAUAAAUCAAUGUGAGCCUCCUGUUUUAGUCAUUUCGUUUUUGUAUAAUUGGUUUUUAACCUCUAAUCAUGGAUGAUGAUUAUGAGAAACCGUUGCUGAGAUGUCAGCCCUGUUCAGAGAAACUGCCCCUGGUUCUUUCCGAUGAAGAUGUCCAGCCUCGGAUUCAAGUUCCACCAUCUAUUGCUCAAUAUUUGCGGGACUAUCAAUUAGACGGUGUUCGGUUCCUGUAUCGGAAAUUCAAGAAAGGGGAAGGGGGCAUUCUGGGUGACGACAUGGGACUUGGAAAAACCGUACAAGCUAUUGCAUUCAUAGCUGCUAUUCUUCAAAUGAAAGGUACCAAAGAGGAUAAGCUAAGACACUGCAUGACAUACAUACGGGAAGAUAUUGCCCCUGGCAUUGAACUGCCAUCAGUGAAUCCAGUUCUAGUCAUUUGUCCCGCCUCACUCAUAGACAAUUGGUUCGAUGAACUUCAAACGUGGGGACACUUUUGGGUGCAGAAGCUAACAACGGCAAACAGGUUGGACUUGAUCAAUAGAGCUAGACGGAAGGAAUGUGAUGUUGUAUUAAUCACAUUUGAACUCGCCCGAUCUUGCAUUGACUUACUCAACAUGGUUGAUUGGACAUGCAUUUUGGCAGAUGAAGUUCAUCGUAUCAAGGAAUACAAUUCUCAGAUUACUAAAGCUUUGUGUCGCUUACGCUGCCAAAUCCGUUUUGGUUUCACAGGAACCCCUUAUCAGAACAACCUUAAAGAAGUUUUAUGCCUUCUUAAUUGGUCCAAUCCAAACUCCAUGAGCGAUUUUAAUGCAUGUGCCAAUGAUAUUUCAAGGGCUGUUGAGCUUGGGAGCCGUUUUAGUGCAACAUUACGAGAGAUAUCAGAGAAUAGAAUAGCCUGUUUACGGUUCAAGCAACUGAAAAGAGAAUAUAUAUUUCGCAGAACAAAAGAUAUUCUUGCCAAACAUUUGCCCCCUAAAACAGAUUUGGUGGUAUUUUGUGAACUGACACAAACUCAAAAAGACAUUUAUAGAAUGAUCACUCAACUACCAGAUCUUCAAAAACUGCUUAGCUGCUCAAAGGAUAAGGAUGCUCAAAAGACUGUUGCUUCAAAGAGAAGAACAGGCCUCCUGUUUACUUACUUGCAUUUGUUGCAAAAAACAGCCAAUCAUGUUGGCCUUCUUCUCUCGGGAAUAUCUAGUCAAAUGAAUGAUAUGACACAAAAGGUGUGCCGCCAAGCUUUAGAAGAUUGUGCAGGACUCAAAGGAAUCCCAGAAAAAAAGUGGAUGGAUGCCUUAUCUGAUAUAAGUAUGUCUGGAAAGAUGCUGGCAUUGUCACAACUGCUUCCAGUAUUCUUGGCUAGAAAAGACAAAAUCUUGAUUUUCUCCUACUCCACUAAAGUUCUUGAUUUUGUUCAAAAUCAUCUCAAAAAGAUGAGUUACAAGUUUUGUCGUCUUGAUGGCACUACACCAACCAAGUUGCGUCUUCCAAUGGUGAAGACAUUUAACUCCUCACCAGAUAUGUCAAUAUUUUUGCUUUCCACAAAGGCUGGUGGGGUUGGACUAAAUAUUACAAGUGCAAAUGUUGUCAUUAUUUAUGAUCCUAAUUGGAAUCCUGCUCAUGAUAUGCAAGCUCAAGAUCGAGCACACAGGUUAGGACAGCAACGGAGUGUGAAAGUGUAUCGAUUACUGAGUACUUCAACGAUUGAAGAAUUUGUUUAUUUACGUCAAGUGUACAAGCAGCAAUUGGGGUCUAGUUCCAUGACAAGUAAAAGUGGACGACGCUACUUUGAUGGUGUUUCUGGUGACACAAGAUAUUAUGGGGAACUUUUUGGCAUUCGGAAUCUGUUCUCAUUCCGAGAAAGUGAAGGAAGUCUUACAGAAGAAUUAUUAUUAAAGCAACAACAGUUAGAAGAAAAGUUUCGAUUGAAAUUGGAGACACCUGUCAGAGAGAAAGGAACAAGGACAUGUGUAGCUCAAUGUGCUGUCCUUGGAGUUAAUACUAAAGAUGAUAUAAAUACUUCCAAAAGUGGGUUGGCGCAGCUGUGUCAGGACGUCUUUGAGACUCCUGUUGAUGAUGAGAAUGAGGAUUGGCAAGAUGAGCAGAACGCCAACCGUACCACCAUUCAUUCAGAAAAUGAAUAUGAAGAUGAUGAGGAAGAAGAUAGUGAGGAUGAAGACUCCAAGUGCAAUAGCAUUGAUACUCUUCUGGAAAAAAGUGGUGCGGUAAGGCAUGUUCUUCAGCACCAAGAAGUAGUUGCUCCAAGCAAAGUUGAGGAGUUUGUCGCUGCAUGUGCCAUAAGAGACGUGUUUCAAAAGGGAAUAAAUUCUCAAUUACCGGCAUUUGAUUGCUCAAUUGAAACUCAGAACACAACUGUGGAAAACAAACAUGAAGAGGGUAGUAAAAUCACGGCUCGCUCCAGAUUAAAAUUUACCCAAAUUGCUAGACAAGAGUUUCUUACUCCCUUGGAACUUGCUACUAAAGUCAUAUCGAUGUCAAGACAAGAAAAAGUGAAUCUUUUGAACAAAUACCAGAAAAGACAGCAAUUGGGUUUGGUCAGUGCCAGCAUGCAUAAGAGAGUGAGACCCCUGUCAGAAUCUGUAGUCGAAAUCAUUUCACCAAAGAAGAAAGUUGUCCAGGUUCCUUGCAGUAGCAACAUGGAACUCCCACCGUCAGAGGCUGCUCCUCAAGCUGGAGGCGAUUUUAGUGUGGAGGAAUCAAGAAUAUCAAUCACAGAGGAUCAAGAUGUUGAUAAUUCUGUCGGCUCUGAGACUCCGUCAUCAUUUGAAAAAGAGGCACAAUCGGUCUGCCCCAGUCUCAGCAGAGAGGCCAUCCGUUUGGUGGAACAGGUGGUUUAUAAAAAGAAUAGAAAAGGAGCUCAAGACAAUACAGAAAAAAAGGCCUUGUCAAGUGGUACUAAUUUGAAGGAGUGUGCUGAUGGUGGUGAUGCAGUGUUAAAAUCUAAUGAAGACAAAUGUUAUGCUUCAUGUUUUGACAAGAAGCAUCAAGCUAUUGACCAUGGAACUGGCUGUUCGGUAGAGGCUGUAGAACUGAUUGGUUCUAUGCUCUUUUCUCAUGGAAUUCGCAAACCAAGCCCACAGAAGAAUGCACGCAAAUCGUUAGAAGUAAAUUUUGGAGCAUCAACCUCAAGAUUUGUUGAAAGUCCUGUUUCUUACAGUGAACCCGAACAGCCCAUAUUUAAAGCAGAAGAUGAUGUAUUUUUAAAAUUAAUAAAAUCUGGCAAGCUAAAGCAACUUUAAACCUCUGAUAAUUAUAAGUUGGAUUGCUAUUCACGGCACUCUAGCAUAAUUGCCAGUAAAUGUCCUUGCUUGUGUACCUUAUCUUAAGGUAAAUCUGUUUUUACUAAAACUGACUAUACACCAAAUUAUUUUUAUUGUCUUUUAUCGUUUCUUUGUUUAGACUUGAUUUUAUGUUUAUAAAGUUUAUAUCUAAGUGAAGUGUCUGAACCACUUUGUUAUAUAAUUCUUUGCAACAGAAAGCACAUGGUUCUACAAUGUGCUUUAUUUUUUAUUAUUAUUAAGAAUAUUGUUUUAUUAUUA